UCCCAGUCCCCAGAUUCCCAGUGUUUCCGAACAAAAGCGUUAUUAUACUUCCACAAUUACAAUUUCUCAACAUCUAAUUACGAACCAAAAAAAGAAAAAAAAAACCUUAAUCAAUUCAAUGGAGUCACAAUCCAAUCUAACAUGCCAAAAUCUCCCAACCAUCUUCUCCUCUUUCGUUGACACAUUCGUCGAUUUCUCUGUCAGUGGAGGCCUCUUUUUACCUCCACAACCAACAAUAACUUCGUCACCAAACCAAACUAUAUUACCUUCUCCUAAUCGUUUAAUUGCAAUAGGUGACUUACAUGGUGAUUUCCAAAAAACCAAACAAGCCUUUAAACUUGCUGGCUUAAUUGAUGACCAUGGCAAGUGGUGUGGUGGGUCCACUACAGUUGUUCAAAUAGGUGAUGUACUUGACCGUGGUGGCCAAGAAUUAAAGAUUCUUUAUUUUCUUGAAAAACUGAAAAGGGAAGCUGCUAAGGUAAAUGGUAAUUUAAUUACUAUGAAUGGUAAUCAUGAGAUUAUGAAUGUUGAUGGUGAUUUUAGGUAUGUUACUAAAGAGGGUCUUCAAGAAUUUCAAGAUUGGGCUUUUUGGUAUUGCGUAGGCAAUGAUAUGAAAGAAUUAUGUGAUGGUUUUGAUAAAGAGUGUGUUAAAGAUCCAUUUUUGGGGAUACCCUUUGAGUUUCAUGGUGUAAAUCAGGAGCUCUUUGAUGGUAUUAGAACAAGAAUUGCAGCAUUAAGGCCAAAUGGGCCGAUUUCGGAGAGGUUUUUGGGAAAGAAUCAAACAGUUGUUGUUGUUGGUGAUUCUGUGUUUGUUCAUGGUGGACUUUUGACUAAACAUGUGGAUUAUGGAUUGGAGAAUGUGAAUGAGGAAGUGAGGGAUUGGAUUUGUGGGGUGAGGGGAAGAGUUUCGAGGGAUUUGGUGAGGGGGAGGAAUUCCAUUGUUUGGUUGAGGAAGUUUUCGCAUGAGUUGGCGAAGGAUUGUGAUUGUUCUACUCUUGAACACGUGCUUGCUACAAUUCCAGGAGCGAAAAGGAUGAUAAUGGGACAUACAAUUCAAGAAAGUGGGAUUAAUGGAGUUUGCGAUAACCAAGCUAUAAGGAUUGAUGUAGGAAUGUCAAAGGGAUGUACUAAUGGAUUGCCUGAGGUUUUAGAGAUUGAUAGGGAUAAAGGGUUGAGGAUUUUGACAUCAAAUCCCUUGUAUCGGGAUGUAAAGGAGAGUUCUUUGGAUGUUAAAUCUAGGGAUGGGCUUGGUUUGCUGCUCCCUGAAUUAGGACCAAAGCAAGUUGAGGUGAAGGCAUAACUGGAUGAUCGAACUCUAGAGGAUCUAAUAUUUUCUUUGGGAACUCAAGGGGACAUUAUUUCUUCUUUGUUGGUAUGAUUCUUCUAUCACUCAGUAUACAAUCAUUGUGGAGUGAUAAGAAAAGGCAGAUUUCGGAUUUAUCCUCUACUGUCAAACAGAAAAAAGAAUUAUUUGGAGACGUUGGUUGGGUUGCAUUUGUCGUCGAACACUUCUGCUUGGAGUUAUUCAUCUGGAAAGCGAGCUUCCAUAAGACAGUGACAGGAAUGGAUGUUUUUGUAGGAUGCUAGAUCAAGAUUCCUUUAGAGAUUCUGUCUUCGAUGAGUCACAAUGUUGUAAUAUUCCUCUCGUUAAGCUGUAUUUGUCCGUCUCCUCGCUCCCUGCAUCCUUCCCUCUGUUGGAAUUGGUUCGUUGUUGGAUAUCUUGAAGAUCUGAAGUAAAAUUAAACUUCUUAGAUGCAUUCUACUCCAAAAAAAAAAAAAAAUUAUUUUUAUCAUUAUCAAAAACUAAACUUCUUAGGUGUUCUGAUGCACUUGUUUGGAAGCUCUGGUGAUUUCAGGGGACUAGUAGAUCAAAUCACUACAGAGCUGCGCCAUCAAUCUAUGGCAUGGUAAAGAUGCAAUAAAUUGCAACGUCUUUUCUUGGCUGCAUGCAGCUGUUGAAUUGCUUUCAACUUUGUUGUAUGUUCUACAACCUCUAUCUCAAGCCAUUCAAUAUAUGUGCCAACUUUAGCCAGAGGAAUGUGAGUAUACAGAUUGGCAGCGAACCGGGGUUAAUUGUAGCAUAAUAUUGGUGGCAAGAUGGGUGGCAAUUAAAUUUUAGAAGAAACUGUGGAUACGCGUGAACUUCUCAAAAGACUGAGGCCUCACAAUUUACCAGUUAGAAUCAGAUAUAAGGAGGUGGAGGCAACAAAAGGAUGACAAGAUUGUGUUACAAAAUGUUAACCUAAGUCAGAAUGGCUCAACUCAAUGGCCUUGGAGGAUAAUUUGGAAAAACAGUGGACCUCUUAAAAUAGCCAGAACACGAAGCUUGUUUAACAAGGUCAAAAUUGCAGGGAAUGGGGUAUGGUCCCGUGCUUCACGUGUAAAGGAAGUGAAGAAGAGUUCAAAUCAUAUGUUUGUACGCUGCCCGUCAGCAAGGAAGCUAUGGAGUAUGUUUCUCAGCUAAUAUAACUUUCACGUUGAUAUAAUGCCCAAGAAGAGUGAAAAAGCUGCUAUGGAGGACAUGUCCCGACAUGCAUCUUUGGGGUAAUUGACUAUAAAGGAAUUGAAGGUUUUUGAGGGGACAACAAGUUUUAUAUACAAACUCAGGUAUAUAUGUUAGUGUCCUUUGGCCUCUUGGCUUAAAAUGACAUGUAUAUGAAGCUAACUCAUUGCUAUAGUUCCUGAGCUUUUUUUGGUGUCUGCUUCUUUCUUGACAACAGCUGCAGAAGCUGUUUCUGUGAAUGUUGUCCUGUUAAUACUCUGCAGUGCAAAGCUGAUGGUCUGAGGUUGAAUUUGUCUUUAAGCAAAAUCUUGGAUGCAGUUGAA